AUGACGAAACAGGAGCGGCUGAGUCGCAUGCUACACGUGCAAAAGGAGUACACACCCCUGCCCACCUCCGGACCCCUCUUCGAACACUUCAUCGUGGUUGGCCUGCCCACCCCCACCGCGCAACGCCCAGAGAUCCUCUAUUCCUAUCCUCCCAGCAAUCCGGUGUCGAUACCGGGUCUGGCCGAUUUUUGCUUCCCCUCGGGAAUCCUGUCCAAGAAGCUGCGCAAGACCAAGUCCAACAGCAGCCUGCUGCAGGUGGUCUACAGCCAGUCCUACCACCACGAGCCGGAGAACGCGUACGUGUUCCUGCUCACCACCGCCGAGCGAGAGUUUCUCUACGGCGUGUGCGUCAUCAAGCACGAAAGCGUCUACAACAAGCCGUCGUUCUUCCCGCGCGACGGUCAGCUGACGCCGGUGGCUGAUGGAUCUGAUGUGGUGGCUCCUCGCUGCUACUGCUUCGUCUCUCGUUUCCCCUUCUUCAAGCUGCACUUUGAGACCAUCUACAGCAUACUCGACCUCGAGUACAUGGCCAGCGUGUCGGACCUGCAGAGCUUGCCCGCGAGCCUGGGCAGUACACGCGAGUCGCAGUCCCCACCGGCGCUCGCUCACUCACAAUCGAUGUCCGCGCUCGUAGCUCCACCUCCCGAGAAGAGGAAGAAGAAGAUCCGCUUGCGCAGCCGCUCGAACGGGCUGGACACCAACGACUCGAACUCAUCCGCGGCGCAGGACCAGUCGCCGUUCCCCGGCAUCCCGCUUCACACUGUACAUAAGAUGCCCGAUCAGCCGCCAGAGAAGACCAUCGUCGAGAAGGGCCGAGAGAGGCAGAGCAGUGAUGCGUCGAGCACUACGACGACGGAGGUGUCGCCCGACGUGGCUAACCUCAAUCGCGAGCAGGCCUCGAUCAGGGAGCGCAGCGGCUCUUCGCCCAUUAUCGAGGAGGACGGCGGGGUGAGCCACAGCUCGGCGAUGCCGUCGGUGGGCGACGAGGCCGACGAGAGCAGCGACUACGACGCGGUCGAUGGCCGCGGCAGGGAGAGCGGAUCGGAGGACAGCGAGUGCCCGUCCACGAGCUCGCCCAAGAAGCGGUCGGACUGGAAGCGGGAGGCGCUCACGGGCCGGGGCAUCGUCCACGGUCUCAGCGAGAAGGGCAAGGAGAAGGAGGAGGAGAAGGAAAGCGAGAAGAAGCAGAACCCCGUGAUCAAGGUGCUCCACGAGUACCUCGCCCUGCCCAUCCCCAGGCCCAACCACACGGCCACCUUCUUCGUGCACAAGGGACUCCAGACUCUUAGAUUCCACCGACCGGCAUUCCAAGACAAGGAGCACCUCCUGGCCGACUACUGCCUACCGCUUACCUUCCACCUUCUCUCCACCGACAAUCUCCUCACUUUCAUUACGGCCUGCCUCCUGGAGAAGAGGAUAGUCGUCUACUCCUCUCACGUGCGAUUCCUCUCCGCCGUCGUGCUCUCGGUGAUGCCUCUUCUACGGCCAUUCGAGUACCAUUCGGUGCACAUUCCCAUCGUGCCAGACUCGUUGGUCGAUCUGCUGGACGCGCCGGUGCCGUUCAUUGUCGGCCUCACGUCUGCUCCGUCGAAGCAAAACUACAGCAAGGACAACAAGGAGUUCGUUGUCGUGGACCUGGACAACGACAAGAUCACCACCAAAGACACGCUGUGCCAGCUUCCACAGCUCAAAGAACUGCGCAAGAAGCUGAAGCCACUGCUGAAGGUGGUGUCGGCCGGGCGACAGAGCGGCAAGGUGCCGUUCGCGCCGACCGAGGAGCAGAUGUCCUGCUGCCACGGCGCCAGUCUCAUCCUCCAGACCUACUUCUCCACCCUCUUUGCCAACUUCCGAACCUACUGCCUCUGCGACAGGACGGACUCGGAGAAACCGAUAACGGUGUUUUUGAAGGACUCGUUCCUGAACGACCAGCCACGAGUGUCGAGGCCGUUCCUCAUCCGCUUCCUCGAGACGCGGAUCUUCUUCCAGUACUGCGAUCAGCGCCUGCGGCAGAUCGACGCGCCGCCCACCACCUUCCCCACCUUCUAG